AUGUCAGAGCGAACACACGAAGAAGUUGAGACACAGGACCAAGAAGGGAUGGGCAGAAAGAGUCUCCAGACCCAGAGAUGGACGCAGUCAUGCAUGAGACAGGCAACACAUAGAGAGCCAAAGAAGUGGGUAAAGUCCGACCCGGCCGUUCCAUCCAAGGCAUGUAAGACACAAAACUCUCCAGAGAAUGCGGCGAGAGAGAGGAGUCGUGUGCGAAACCUCAGACAAGCCUUUCACAGUUUGCAGGCUGCUCUUCCAUCUGUUCCUCCCAACACAAAACUCUCCAAGCUAGACGUCCUGGUCCUGGCCACCAACUAUAUCGCCCACCUGACUGAAACCCUGGACCAGGGAGGAGAGCUGGGAGAGCAUGGCAUCCUUCCCAGAGCAGAAGGAUACCUGCAUCCUGUUAAGAAAUGGCCCAUGCGUUCUCUUCUCUACUGUGGGAACAUAGGAGAGCGAUUGACAGGAGCACAAGCCAAUCAGGAGACAUCGUGCCCACCAGCCUGUGCCUCUAAGAUGGAACCUGACCAAUGGACUAAAAAACCAUCUUAA